AUGGACGCACUAGCCUUCAGAAUUAAGGUGUCGGUGACUUGGCUUUUUGACCGCCCUGCACUCCAAGUUAAAUCAAACACUGGUUUCAAUGCGCUUACACGAUUGUUGGAGGCCAUUGUUUGGGUUGCUCAUACCAUCAAACAGGAAGGUAAAGAUAUCGGGCACGAGGAGGUCCACAACGCAGAACGACAGCGCUGCGGCAAGGAUGAAUCUGGCACGUCGCGUGUACUUGAUGAAGGAAAGAACAUGGAGAUCAGCCUGAGACGGCGACGGAAUGUUGUGAUAAGGAUUGAGUACUGGAAAUGUGAAGCUAAUGACGUGCCAGGGUCCAGCGCCAAGGAAGUGGAAAAGAUUAUAGACGGUGUAAUGGCAGAGACGGUAGACAGAGCCAUCUACAAUCAUAAUCACCAAGCCAGCGUGCUUCAUAGUCACUUUGUGUCAUGCGACGCUGAAUACAGAUCUAAGCGCAAGACGAGAUCAGCUGCAGGCGACGGAUAUUCAUUAGCUACUGAAGACAUAGAAGGCCCCAACAUAGUAUUUCUCUGCCGGGUAGUCAGGAAUUCGAAACCUCAAGCACUACAGCAUAUUUGUGCUGACGUUGAGGACGUUCGAGCCUUCCAGGAGUGA